UGCUGUUGGAUCGCGCCUGUACUUAUAUACUUUUUUUCUCCAGUUUUACAUAUCGAUCUUGCCUUGAUCUAUGUGUCCAAUAAGAUCCCAAGGAUGUUGUGUUAAAAAGAGAAUGUAUAGGAUAUUAUUAUUAGUAUGCUGCUGAAGUGUCGACUGAGAGAGUGGUGUAUGACUCUUUAGCAUUUACUUGGAGCGAGAAAAAGAAAAGGCUUAUCAUUCGUCAUACUUAUUAUCGAGGGAAAGGCAGAAACAAGAACCUGGAAAACACCACCUCCAUAUUACCUGCAACGUCUCAACACAAGACAAUUUACUUUGAUCUCCAUUAAGUUAAAGAAGAAAUUUUGUAAGUAGGGUAGUUCAACUCGGCUUUUCGUUCAACUUCUCUCACAAGAGAAAGAGAGAGGGAGAGAAAGAGUCAUUAUUAUAAGAAGAGGCGCAGCACGCGCUGCGCGGCCCUGCGAAUAACAAGUAUCAAUACACAAGUGUGCAAGUGUGUAUCAUAUUGUACUCAUCGAUAGAAAGCUCUACCUUAAUCCCUGUGCACGACCGUUGAAUCUGGCCGGCACUGUUCUGGAGAAAAAAGUAUUACAGCUAUCAAGCAAGAGGAAAAAAUACUAAGUGUAGGGAGAGGAGGUCAGGAGGAGACAUGUCGGACAAGAAGCAGCCCAAAAGGCCGUCCAGCGAGAUAGACACCGGGAGCAAGCUCGGGGACGAGGAGGGCAGUCAGCAGCGCUCGAGCUCAGGCGGCUACGGUGACUGGGUCUGCUCUGAUACCGAAUGCGCCAAUGUGAACUUUGCCAAACGCAACUCCUGCAAUCGCUGUGGUAAAGACCGGGGAGAAUGUCCUAAGAAGAAGAAACUUGGGCAGGAGAUCGGCAAAGCUGCUGCUGAGAAGAGCAGAGGCUUAUUUAGUGCAGAUGACUGGCAAUGCAACAAGUGUGGCAACGUAAACUGGGCGCGCAGACAGCAGUGUAACAUGUGCAAUGCGCCGAAAUUUGGAGACGUUGAGGAGAGAACUGGCUAUGGAGGUGGUUACAACGACAGAGGCGUUGUUGAAUAUAAAGAGCGAAGAGAGGACGACGAUGAUGAAUAUGACGAGUUUGGCAGGCGAAAGAAGAAACGGAGAAUGGAAAGCCGCAGCGAUGACGACUCAAAAGAUUCGUUGAGAUAUAGCAGUCCACCACGUAGUAGAUCUAAAAAUUCUAAUAAAAAGGACGAUUCUGAUGAAGAGGAAGAAGAGGAUGACGAUAAUGAUGAUGAUGAUGACGACGACGAGGACGACGACGAUGAUGGCGAUUUGUCAAAGUAUGACUUGAGCGAAUGGGAUGACUUAGCAGUUGCUAAAAAAAACACAAAUGGCAAUGCUUCUCCAGAAGAAAAAAAAUCGAGCUGAAACGGAAAUUCAGAGAAGAACGGCUUACGUAUGGAGGCUUGCCAAAAGUAAGGAUUCAUCAUAGUAACAGAAACAAUCGCCCAACGGCAAUCCUACAAGCAAUGCCAGUUAUAAAACGUUUAUAGAAGAAUGAAUUCCGUCAUGAGACAUGAGUUACAGAAAUUCCUACUUCUCAAUUUCUUGUCGUUCCAAGAAAAUUAGUAAUACUAUUAUCAACUUAAUUGAAAAAUGCAAUUAAAAAAUUUUUUUCUUCACCUUAUGUAUAUUCAUAAUAUAUAUGAAAUGAAUAGUCUUCAAUUUGCACAAAUAGAAAUAAUUUCGGAAAAAAAGUAACGUUCCCGUUAUAGUGGCACUAUUAUUAAAAUACUGUUAAUAACAGCUUUUACAGUUUGGAGCACUUUUCGUGAGAUAUGGAUUAUUAGGCAAUUUAUAAGCAUUUAAAUUUGAUAGAAAAAAAAAAAAAAAUUAAUGAACCUUAUCAUGAAUUAUCUGUGUAGGAAAAGAUAACUGUGUGAAAAUGACGAUUCUUGUACUAGUUAAAUACAUAUUCUUCUUUUUCUUGUAAAUAUCUUUAUUUUGUUUUUCAUUUAUAAUAAAAAUCAUUCGUCAACAACGUAAUUGUUCUUAGUCAAUUAUGUCUUAUAUAUAAUAUUGUUACACACUACAAUGAUGAGGUGUGUUUGCGUUGAUCUGUGUGCGAGUCCUUUUUUUCAAUUUUUUUUUUAGUAGAGUAAAAAAGGAAGGAAUUCAUGUUAUAACAGCUUUCUAAUGAUUAUGCACAAAGUUGGUCGUGAAAUGGGAAGAAGACUUUACUUUCUAUCUCAAAUGGAAUAUGGAGUGGAAAGGAGAGGAAAAGGUGGACGAUAUCGUUAAGGACUUAUGUCGUUUGGGUACAUAUGUUUAUGUAUGUAUAAUAUGUAUAUAUCGUAUGUAUGUACAUUCGUCGGUUUUGAGCUUUUUUUGCUGUUUCACUUAAGUAUUUCAGCACCAAAAGGAAUUGAUGGCAUGUUUUUUGUCGAGGCUAGGUCGCGGUGUUACUUUUACAAUUCGCGAGUUUCGCAGUCGACGACUUUUUAAUGAUAGCGUACGCAAUUAUUAUACGGUAAAAUGAAAAGAAAAAUAAGAAAACCAAAAUUCAGUUCAUGCAGGUCUGAACGCACGUCCUGCUCGGAAUCACCGUUCGUCGAGGGUUCCCCCGUACCUUUUAAUAAGAGUACAAAGUGUGGAUCGGUGACGGUUGCGUGAAUCUCUUGACGAUCGGCAUAACAUUACAGUACCGUCACGUAAGCCGUGAAAUUUUUGUUUAUAUAUGCGUCGAGCGACAUUGCGAAAGCCCAAAUUUUGCCUUAGUCUACAAUUAAUAUAUGUACA